AUGGCCCACCGCUUGUUUGUGGGUAUGGUUUUCCUCUGCCUUUCGGCAGCAGUAGGUGCCUUAGGAUCUCUUGGGAUCUCAGCCUAUAGCGAAAAUAUGGAGCCAAUGAGACAGGCGGUGUGGGGCCACAUCUUCUGCGACCCUUCACAGACACCUGGCCUCACAAUUACAUUAAACGGGAUUCAGCUUGGAAAUGCAACAUUGCUGCCGGCAUUCCCGAGAGGAGGGGGUUCCGGGAAGAACUCGGGUGUAAACGGUAUUUCUUUAGGGUCUCUUGGUCCCUCAGCAGAGUUCCGAAUCCCGCCGCUGCUGCCAGGAUCGUACCUUCUGGAGGUGCUGCACCCGGGGCUAAUCUUCCCCAAGUACCGGAUCAUCACGACGAGCGCCAGCAGCAGUGAGGUAUAUGUGCUGAACGAAUAUCUUGUGCCGUCAACUCUGGCCCCUUUGCCUAUGCCUCUCAAGGUGGGGCCCACGGGGGUCCUUCGGUACUUCCCGGCGCAUGGAGGAUUCAGUAUAUUGGACUUGGUGCGUCAACCCCUUGUCAUUUUGAUCUUGGUGUCUCUCGGUAUAAUGUAUUUCCUCCGAAGGAUGCAAGAGGCGCAGGCAGAGGCGGAAAACCAACAGCUUGAGCAGGAAUCUCACGAGCAACACGCCGUGGACAGCUUGCAGCAUGAGGCCCCAGAGUCUGCCUUCGUGGAGAAGCUAAUAAGACAAGGCGGCUAUGAGUUAUUGGGCCUCAGAAGGUAG